AUGAGAGCGCAAGCCUCGACUACUGUGCAUGAGGCAGGUGUUUAUACGCCUUAUGAUGAACGCCCGGGAGAAACAAUGGCAGUUGAUUACCAUUUGACGCGAGACACGAUUAUUCCGCACUAUGCGCCAGGGGUUAUUGCUGAUGUGGAUGGGGAGAAGCAGGUUUGUUUUGAUAAUGGACUUUGUCGCUCCCUUGGAGACCGCACUGAUGUGGUAGAAACGAGAACAGGCACUAUUCUGUCUCCGCCGGCCCAUCGGUUUCCACCGGGUUGGCAGCCUCAAGGUGGUGGUGUCCCGGGAGGUCCUGGGGAUGCGCCUGGGAUUGGCUCGGGGGUUCUGCCACCUUUCAAUCCAGACAAUCCUUCAGAUGGUGCUACCGAUAUUCAUGAUGUAGUUUCGCAUAUAGAUACACCCGUGCCGGUUGUUCAACCAACUGGUAUUCCGGGUGGACCUAUUCCGGCUUUGCCACCAAUAUCUGGUAUGCCGGGCAGCGUCGUGGGUGGAGGUAGUUAUCCGGGUAAUUUGGUUUCUGGAUUUGGCGAUGGCCCAACUAAGGAAGAUGUGCUGAAGAUCCUCUUUUCAAUUGGAGAUUUAGAUAGUUACUUGCUUUUUACCGGUAUGUCUUUGGACUUGCCUCUGCAGACCUUUAUUAAUAGCACUCCGGUGACUACGGAUGAAGUGUAUGCGCAGGACAGGAAGGAUUACUUGGCCGGUGAAUUGGAAGGGAAAGGAAGUUCUCUUAACUUGGAAAAUGGGCUGAAUACGCUUUAUUCCUCUAAGAUGUACUUCUACAUUCCGAAGAAUGCUCUCUCGCUAACCAUGGAAAGGGGGCGCUUGGUCUAUCCAGAGGCUUUUAUUAAGUUCUUGCAGUUCUUGCACCUAGACACGACUCCGUUUGUAUCUUUAUUAGAUAAGGACGGAUCUCGAGUUUACUACAUUACGGUUUACAAUGCUACUGUGGCUUUACCUAACCCGCAAACUCCAAUCGUCAGUCAGCUGCUGAUCACUUCGGAAGGUUUAGCCGUGUCUCUUCUUAAGGUUAAGCGCCUGGAGAUAGACAAAGGUAUCUUAGUGCUUACUCCUAAUGCUUACGACCAUGAAGAUCUUGCUAAUGCCACUGCUUCCCUCCAGGGCUUCACCAAAGGCCAAACCACUAAUCCUUUCGCGUCGAUGACUCAUAUUUACUAUCCGCACGAACAAACGGGCGAUCUUGAUGAUGAGUCUACCGAAUCGGACAAGAUGAGCGGUUAUUCCGGCGACAUUUCUGAGUCUUCAGAUUCAGAUUCCGACUCGCAAAGUGACGGCUCUAACGCGGCGCAGUUUGGCUCUUCUAGUUCAGACGGCUCGGAUGACAGCUCUUCGCUCAGUGGUAGUGAUAGUGAUAGUGAUGGCAGCAGUAGCAGCGAUGACGGUAGCUCACCACGGCACAGGGGCAAGGGCUCUGGCCCGAGCGCGCAGAAAGGGACUAAAGAUCCUUCUCGGCGCCGGCACGGCAAAGGCCCUGAUACUAUCGAUGGCUAUCUCGAGCAAGCUCGAAUGUGGCGAGAAAGGGCUGCAGCUGCUGCUAAGGCAGGCUACAGGAAGUAUGCGCUCAAGAAGGCUAAAGCCUAUGAAAAGGCUGCAGCUAGAUUACAGCGCGAAGCUUACAGCACCCAACUUCUCGAAGCAAGACAAGGUUCAGCUAGUUCUCGCAAAGCGGCUAAGUGUGGUAUCAUGGCCGGCACCUCCUCUAACACAGGAAGUGUCUCCUGGUUCUCCGGCAGCCGUCGUCAUAACAAGGCUUUAGUACGAGUUGUGUCUUCUAAAGAAUCUAGUGCCAGUGCUAGUAUGUCCGCUUCGGCUUCGGCUUCUUAUGAGGCCAGCACCAAGCAAGCGGUUAGCACGGCCUUCUCUUCCAGCGCUGCUUCGGCUGUUAUUAUGGCCCACCAAAGCAACGAAAUGCACUACAAAGGAGUUUCUGCUGUUGAGUAUGCCACCCGAGAGAUCAAGCACUCGUUGAUGGGCAUUGCGAUGCAACACGCUAUGUUUAGUGUGCAAGGUCGCAUGUACAAGAGUCAGCAGUAUUCUUCUCACGGUGUUCGUUCGGCUAAGUCUUCCACUCGUUGGCUAACCAGGCGUAUUAGCAAGAUAAUCACGACUAGAAAGUACACUACCAAGACCGCCAGCAAGUACAUGAAGAACAGUGCUACGGCCGCUUCAGUGGCUGCUGCUGCCGCCAAGGAACAGGCCGCUGCUUCUGCAGCUAUUGCUUCCUACCGCAAGGCAGCAACCGCUAGCAAGAAGGCCGCCGCUGCUACUUCAAUGUACAAGGCUGCUGCUGCUAAGGGUAUGACUAAAGCCGCCAAGACUUACAAGGCCAAGGCUGCCGGCUACCGACGUGUUGCUUCAAGAAGCACCGCCGCAGCCAGUCGAUUUGGCGCGGCAGUCGCCGCCUAUAAGGCCGAGAAGAUGCAGGAGUGUGGCCGUCAGGCUAAACUAUUUGCGGACCGAAUGAAGAAUCCAAUGGCCAACUUUAGCCAAGCAGACAGCGUUUCGCUACAGCAGGCAGUUGCCCAAAUUCUAACUAGCUCGCAAAUCCAACUGCUCAGCAAGGCUUUAUCACCAGUCCAAAUCCAAGUUCUUAGUAAGAUGCUUACCCCUCAACAGGUACAACAAACUCUAGUUCAUAUUGGUGCUAUGUCCGCGGAACAGCUGCAACUUCUCCUUCUGAGGCUACAGAUGAAGGGACUGGAGCUGCAAAGCGCGCCCAUCCAACCACCCAUGCCACUUCUCCAUUCGGCGUUUGUUCCCAUCGGAAUCCCAGCUUUAGGAGUAAUGAAUGCUAUUGAGCACGGUGCCACCGGUACUACGGUUCAAAUGGGUGAGAUGGACAUCAAGAAGUACUUACUGCAAAGUCAGUUCCUAAUGCAAGGCAAAGAAAACCUCUUAACCCCAACCCAGAUCGAAGAGCUAAGAGCCCAAGCCACUGCCCAAAGUACUGCUAUCAAGAGGUUGAUAGCAGAGAUUCAGUCGCACAAGAUGGAGAUCGAAGGGCAAGUUCGCAUGAAGCUAGCUGGUGGCAACCGACCAAGUGUGUCUGUUUGUAACCCAAUGCUAGGCAUGCAAGCUGGUAUGCUCAACGGUGUCUUUGAUGGUCUUGUCUCUCCUCCUUCAUUAAGGCUGGCUGGUGAUGUCUCUCUUGGCCGCAACUCUUUCAAUGCCAUUCGCCAGCUACUGAUUUCACCUGCUGUUUCCUCCUACAUUGGUAUGGACCCAAAUAUUCUGAUGCAAAGCCUAUACAAGCAAACUGGCGACAACGAUAUGAUGUGCCUUCUAACUAAUUCAGCCGCCCAUUCCUCGGCCUACUCUGGCAUAAGUCAAGCUGAGUUGUCUUUGAUUGGGGCCCGGGCUGCUGCUUGCCAGCAAAAGCUAUCAGGUGUCUAUGGAGGCUCCUUUGACCGAUUGCAACAAGCACUUCUAUCAGCCUACAACCUAGUCAAGAGCUCUUCCGUAAAGUGCAAUGGUGGCGGCUUCGGCGCAUCUCCUAUGCAGAUCCCUAUCUGCCAAAUAGCCCCGCUUUUAUCCGCAUAA